UCUCUUCUCGAAGUCGCAAGGGUUUAGUCUUCUUUUCUCUUCGUUGCUUCCAUGGAGCCCCUCUGCUGCGCCACCCACCGCCGCCCUCUCCACUGCCCUCUCCUCCCCAAACCCUUACCCACUCCGCUUCUCCUCAGAGCCUUCCCCUUCUCUUCCUCCUCCUCAUACUCCAGACCCCGCCUCAGCAUCCUCGCCGCCGCCUCCGAAUCACCCAGGAACCCACUCUCCCCUCUCCUCAAGGCCGCCUCCAUCGCCGCCGCAACCGCUACCGCCGCUGCCGCACUUUUCCUCACCCGCCUCUCCCCUCCCGCUCUUGCCGCUGCAACUGCCGCUUUCCCUACUGCCCCCGCCGCCCAGUCCGAUACGCUCCCCUCCGAGGCCUCCCCACUCACUGACGCCGAGAAGGAGCGCAUCCUCGAGGAGCAACUCGACUCCCAUCCCGACGAUACCCAGUCCCUCCGCGCCCUUAUGGAGCUCAAAAUCAAGUCUGGGAAGUUCGCCGAGGCCGUCGACAUUGUUGACCGGCUCAUAUCCCUCGAGCCCGGCGAAAAGGAUCUGCCGAUGCUCAAGGCUCACAUCCAGAGCUACAGCGGGGACCCAGAGACUGCAAGGAUUGGGUUCGAGCAACUCCUUGAAAAAGAUCCCUUUUUGGUCGAGGCGUACCACGGGCUCGUGAUGGUGGCUUCAUCGCAGGCAGAAGAGGAGGGUGAACUUGACGGCAUCUUAAAGAGGGUUGAGGACGUGAUGGAGCUCUGUAAGAAGGCGAAGAGGAAAGAUGACUUGAGGGACUUCAAGCUACUGGUGGCUCAGAUUAAGGUUAUAAAGGGGAAGUAUGAGGACUCCCUUAAGAUAUACCAGGAAUUGGUGAAGGAGGAGCCAAGGGAUUUCCGGCCUUAUCUUUGCCAGGGCAUCAUAUACACUUUGUUGAGGAAGAAGGAUGAGGCAGAUAAGCAGUUCCAGAAGUACAAGCGUCUUGUUCCCAAGAGUCAUCCUUAUGCACAGUAUUUCGAUGAAAACAUGAUUGCGAUGAAGGUUUUUGGGCAGUUGGAUGAGAAUAGAAGGAAGACUGCAUUGAAAAAUUAAAAAAUGGUCAUAGAUAUUGAGAGAUCAAGCAGGCUGAAGGAUGCGUUUAACAGACCACCAACGCUAGCAGGAUAUUGAGAGAUCAAACUUCCUAAUUGAAAGUGUAACCAACUCUAGCAGUUUGCCUGUUCUACCUACUUAGUGAGAUACGACUCGCUUGCUUUAUUUUAAAGUGAUUUUAUUUCAUUGUAAAAAUGAUAAUUUUGUUGUUAUCUUCAAUUAAGUAAUGAGUGUGAGCUUUGGCUUGUUCA